GGAUGGCUGAGAUGACCACGGCCCCCACUGAGACACACACUGUCCCGAGUGAGUACGGGGACUACCACAACUGGUCCGAGCUGUUCCACCUCCUGAACCACACCUACACCUACUGCGAGUUCAGCCUGGACGAGAACAUCAAGCGGGUGAUCCUUUUCAUCCUUUACCUGGUCAUCUUCGUGGUGGGCUUGGUGGAGAACCUCCUUGUCAUCUGGGUCAACUGGCAGACACGGGGCAACAAGAGCUUGGUCAACCUCUACAUCAUCAACAUGGCCAUCGCUGACCUCGGGGUGAUGCUCUCGCUGCCCAUCUGGAUGCUGGAGGCGAUGCUGGAUUACACCUGGCUCUGGGGCAGCUUCCUCUGCCGCUUCACACACUACUUCUACUUUGCCAACAUGUACGCCAGCAUCUUCUUCCUCACCUGCCUGAGCGUGGAUCGCUACGUGUCCCUGACCAGCUCCUCCCUCUUCUGGCGCCGGCACCAGCACCGCGUGCGCCGCGCCGCCUGCGCCUGCAGCUGGGUCCUGGCCGCCUCCAUCCCCUUCCUGGAGGUCGUCCACAUGCAGCUGGUCAACACCGGGGAGCCCAUCUGCAUCUUCAUGGCCCCCUUCGAGACCUACGACGAGUGGGCGCUGGCGGUCAGCUUGGCCACCACCACCAUUGGCUUCCUGGUCCCCUUCCCUGUCAUCGCCGUCUUCAACGUCCUGACCGCCCGGUUCCUCAGGCGCACCAAGCCGGAGAGCCGGCGGCACUGCCUGCUCAUCUACGCCUACAUCGUGGUCUUCCUCCUCAGCUGGCUGCCCUUCCACGUCGUGCUGACGCUGCUCACCCUCGACGGCAACCACAUCAUCCUCAACUGCACCUUCGCCCGCUUCCUCUACUUCUUCUACGACAUCAUAGACUGCUUCACGAUGCUCCACUGCGUCGUCAACCCCGUCCUCUACAACUUCCUGAGCAAGAACUUCCGCAGCAAACUCAUCUCCGCCGUGGUCAAGUACAUCCCCAAGGACCACGGCGCCCCGAAGGGCGCUGGCAACUCCUCCUCCACCACACAACACUCCAUAGUCAUCUCCAAGGAAAACAACCCUCCCAACUAAGGGGGGUCGGACCCUCCCACCCCCCGUGGUAGCGGCAGCGGCUCCCCAGGGACACUGGGAUCGGUUUUCCUGGUGAUGAGGAGACACUUUGCUUUGGCACAGCCUCUCUUGCCAGGCGCCUCCCACGGCAGGACAGGGUGCCGGGCAUGAGGGGAGGUGGUGCAGGAGCUACAGACAUCUUUCCUCUGCAGUGCUGCUGUGUCAGAUCUAUUUAGCUAAAGAAAGAAUCAGAGAGAUUCCCUGUUCCCCAAAUGAAACCUUUGCAGUAACAGUGAGUUGCUCCACUCGGGGACCAACACGACCCCGCCCCUGGGAUUUGAGCCCCGUGCCCCCCAAGCCCCAGGGCUGGGGUGCACGAUCUGCCCCACCACGGGUGUUUCUGCACCCCCAGACUGUCACCGACACCCCGAGCAGGAGAGAGGGAACCACCCUUUGGAACAAAAACCUCCCUCCCCGCCCCCAGAAACGCCCAGAGCCUGACCCUGGAGAGAUGAAGGCGAGGCAGCCGUGGGGGCUGAGCAGGGCACAGACCUGAGCUGGGACAGGGGAGGAGCGAUUGGGAUUCGAGAUCAGCAACUCCUUGAGAGCAGUUCCGCAAACCCAGCAGCAAAUUAGUGGUGGUUAAAUGGGAUUUGACUGGGCAGGGCCAGAUUCAGGGCCGGGAGCUGGGGUGGGUUCCCAGUUUGGGUCUCCCAUCCUGUCAAUCCAGCCUCCUCUGGAGCAUUCCCUUACAGGUAUUUAAGGCCACUGGGUGCAUUCCUCAACAUCAGCAGGCUCCAGCAGCCCUUCCCCUCCCAUCAAAGUCCCCGUGGGAGCGUGGGCACGUGCAGAAAUCCCCAGAGCUGGAGAGAGGGCUGGGCUUGUGCUCUGCAAGGAACCGGAGCAUCCGGAGAAAGUUCAUCCUCCUCUGGACUCUGAUCCCAGUCACGUGCUGCGGGUUGAGCCCUCGGCAGGGGAAGGUGACAGAGCGACAGGCCCCGGGGCCCAUAAAUCUUCCAAAGGCCUUGAGCUGCUCGAGAAACAUGCUGUGAAAAAAGCAGAGCAUAAGCAGUUCUGGGGGCAGGAUGCUGGCAGCACGGGGAGCAGGGGGGAGCAGGAUGUUCUGGGAGAAGCUCAGGACCGGGAGUUAACACGGAUGUGGGGUUAUCACAGGGCUGGCUGACUCUGCCAGUUCCAGGGGUCCUGCAACGGGCUAAAUCCCUAAAUACCACAGGGUUCCUUCUGCAGGGACAUUCCUUGGUCCCCCAGGGACACCGGCGCUGAGGGGGCAAACCAAAUCCGUGUCUCACACAGGAACCCUGGGAAGGCACCAGUCCCCUCACCCCAGCAAUUCCCUGUCCAGGGCAGCAGCUCGGGCUGUUCCCCUUCCUUAAUUCUGUUACUCCCCCAGGCUGAGGCUGAACUUGGGGGUCUGCACCCGCAGGACCCCACCACCUUCAUCCCCAAAUCCUCCCUGGGCUUCCCUUUGCCAAUUCCCUGCCACUUCCAGUGACCAAAUGGACGGCAAAUACACAACAACAAACCACCUGAUGUGUGCCAUAAACCAGGGCAACAAUAUAUUCGAGCUACUUAAAACAUGUAACAUUUGGUAUUUGACCUAUUAAACUUUACU